AUUAUAAAGCUGCAACUGUUCUUCGGCCCUGCGGGUCCUCGACGAUCCACCAAUAAUUAUCCAUCAGCCAAAUUUACCAAACCAACGAGUUGUGCGCACACAGCAUCAAAACCAAUAUCUUCGCACUCAGUUUGCGUCAACCUAGGGAGAAAAGAGAGUGAGAGAUUUAACAACUUGGUGUAAUCGACCCUCAACCAUCGUCAAACCAACAGCCUCGGCACUCUGUCACAAGUCGCAACUCAAGAUAGAGAAUUUUAUAAAAAGUUAGGGUACAACCCAUCACCACAAACGCACGAUUAAAAAGAUAAAGUGCCGCAAUGCCGGCUGGUAUCGGCACUUCAUACAGAUCACUGGGUGAUCUCGGUGAGGAUGUUUACAAGAGUACAACAAUCGUUGAACAGACCCAGACGACAUCACAGAGUGUUCUGGAGAGUGUAAAGAAGGCAUUUAGCUUUGCAUCCCCAAAAGUAGAGAGCAGAAAAAAAGAUCCACUGAUUGAUGACAGAAGAGAGACAAUAUCCAUCGUAACAAGGGAAAGAACCAAGAUGCCGACUGCAGCAACGACUGCUGAGGAAUCAGCACUGCUCGGCACGAUGCCAUCCGACAGCAUGGACGACAUUGAGCUGAAGAACAUUCAGCUGCAAUUCCCUGCCCUGAGAUAUUUGACGAGAGACGAUGGCUCCGUCAGAGAGGAGAGAAUUGAGACAGAUAAGGGUACAAUACUGGUUGCUGUGCAGGGAAAUCGUGCAAAACCUGCCAUUCUCACUUAUCACGAUCUAGGCCUUAACUACAUCUCGAGCUUCCAGGCGUUCUUCAACUACAUCGACAUGCGAGUACUCCUCGAAAAUUUCUGCGUCUAUCACGUUAAUGCACCAGGUCAAGAGGAGGGUGCACCAAUACUCCCCGAAGAUUACGUUUAUCCGACGAUGGACGAGCUUGCCGAUCAACUACUAUUCGUUCUCGGACAUUACGGAUUGAAAACGGUGAUUGGUUUUGGAGUUGGCGCCGGUGCUAAUAUCCUGGCGAGAUUUGCACUUGCUCAUCCCGAAAAGGUCAAUGCACUGUGUUUGAUAAAUUGCGUGUCCACGGUGGCUGGGUGGAUCGAGUGGGGUUAUCAGAAGCUCAAUGUACGUCACCUGAGGUCCCAGGGUAUGACACAGGGGGUUCUGGAUUAUCUCAUGUGGCAUCACUUUGGAAGGGGUACAGAGGAGAGAAAUCAUGAUCUCGUACAAGUAUACACUAAUUACUUCGAGCGCACAGUGAAUCCAACGAAUCUAGCUCCAUUCAUCGACAGUUAUGUUAGACGCACUGAUUUGAAUAUCACACGUGAAUUGGAUCCAACACGCAAAAAGGAUGGCAGCACACUUGGUGUACCUGUGAUAAAUAUAACUGGCUCUCUAAGCCCUCACGUUGACGAUACUGUUACGUUAAAUGGAAGACUCGAUCCUACCAACAGUUCGUGGAUGAAGAUAUCAGAUUGCGGAAUGGUCCUCGAGGAGCAGCCGGGAAAAGUAAGCGAGGCCUUCCGACUGUUUCUUCAGGGUGAAGGAUAUGUGGUGAGAAGCCCGCGGAAGCCCGCAAUGACGCCAACAACACCCGAAGUUGCACCACUAUCACCCCUGAAAAUGGCAGAUUACAGACUGGCAUCCCUCGAGGGUCUCAACCACAUCUGCAGCAAGAAAAUCGACUGGCCAACAGCCACAAUUCACAUAACCGAGAAUCCCAUAUCAGAGGCGGUCGUAUGUUAAACAGCCCCCGCAAUAUUAAUAUCAUCAACUACCAAUCGAUUGCAACAAAACAAAAAAAAUAAUAAUCCCGACCACAAAUUCAAGUUCAGAACGUGUGAGAAUACCAGUAUCGCCCCAAAAAUAUCAUUUUCUUGUUGAAUUUAUCUCGAAGUAAUCAGACAAAUAUCAAAUUUUAUCUGUCGAUUUUUUCUCGACGAAGUUUACCACCAGAAAAACAAUUUUGUUAUCUAGUUGACUAAAUUGAGAAUAUAUAUUAGACAUCAGGACUGACGAGCCCCGCGAAUUAUCGAUACCAGUAACAAUAUCAUACCACAAACUGCCGUCGCGAACAAAAAAAAAUAAUGAAAUAAUCGCAAGUCCUGGGCAGUUUUUUUUAAGCACAAUCCGAUUGUAAUUAAGUUCCGGCCUAUAGUUUAUUAUCGACUAAAUUAGCGUGUAACCCAGCACGGGAGAGCUUCAUAUCCACCGGGUCAAUAAAUUAUUGACCAGGAAAUAAUUAUCAUUAACUAAUUAACGAUUUGAACGAAAAAAAAAGAAGAAAAAUGGGAGACUGCUCUUGAUUCGUGCUUGUGCACCGUGCACCUCAAGAGCCCAGAGAAUUUCCACUAAUCCCAAUGAGAAUGGCGAUAAUUAGAUAGGGAUAAGUUGAAUAAAAUGGAUGAACCACCUAUGCAUAAACAAAAUGGUUUGGUAGGUUCCCAUAUGGUUUUGCCAGGUUGACCCCAAGCCUUUAGCGUGAUACUAUAAGACGUGCCUGCAUCGAAUUGUGAAGAAAAAUUAGCUGAAGAGAAACAACUUAACGGCCUUUUAGUUUUCUAUUAAAUAUUAUCCCCCGGGGCGUUCCACGAAUUAUAUUGUUUCUCGUUCGUCCUUCUAAUUGUGCUGGCAUGACUGCCUAAUGAAGAAUCACUAUCCAACACGUUUCAUCCAGAGAAGAAAAAAAACGAAGAACAAGAAGAAAUGUAAAAACGGUGUAAUGCGAUAUUUUAACAGAGUAAAAUUUGCUGACGAGGCAGAAGGAAUACCACACACCCACGAACGAAUGAAAAAAAAAUAACGACGGAGUGUUACUGAGGGACAGCUGAUAGGUUAUAGCUGAAAUACUCGCUGCUAAAAAAACAAUUAAACGUGUGAAAAAAAAAAUAUGCAAAAAGCUUUCCAGCGCAGUUGCGUAAUUAUUUAAAUGAAGUACGCCAUUGGACGCUGAGUGCCGGUUCUUAGCUGCCACAUGAGCGGAAAAAACGUUCAAAAUGGAACGAGAG